UUGUAGACACUCUCUGUCUCUCCUCUCGCAGUCGCUUCGAUAUUCAGUGUUUUAAACCCUAAACCCUAGCCGACUAUAAGAAGAAAGGAAAGGCACAUAGGAAGGAGAAGGAGACCACUGAAUUCUAGCUUUCCAUCUCACUGUACAAUAUACAUAACUGACCUAGCUUUAAUGGCCCCUGCUGCACUUAACAAAACAAAAGGCUCAAAAUUACAGAAACCUCCACCAAAAAAAAAGCCAAAGAAUGAUAUUUUCACUGAAAAACACCUAAAGGAAGAUGACAUUUUGGAUGAUUCUGGUAGCUCAGAUGAAGAAGUAGAAGACCAGGAAGAGUUUGAUAUAGAUGAGCAGGGAUCUGCUUCUGGUUCUGAUAUCCUUUCUGAUGGUGAUGAUACAUUCACUGAUGAUUUUCUGCAAGGAAAUGAUGAUGAAGAGAAAGUUUCAAGUUCAGAUUCUGGUAAGGAUUCAGGUUCAGAUUCUGGUUCAGAUUCAGAUUCUCGUUCAGAUUCAGAUGAAUCUGAUAUUGAGAAAAAGUCAAGAGCUCUUGAUGAACGAAAGGCAAGGGAAGAAAAAGAUGCUGAAGAAGAAAUGCGGCUCAACAUUGCAGAAGAACAUGAUGAAUUCAGAUUGCCCACCAAGGAGGAACUUGAAGAUGAAGCACACAGGCCUCCAGAUCUUCCAAAUAUCCAGAGGAGGAUAAGAGAGAUUGUGCGAGUGCUUUCAAAUUUUAAAGAUUUGAAGCAAGAGGGGACUAGAAGAAAGGAUUACAUUGAGCAGUUUAAGAUGGAUUUAUGUUCAUACUAUGGUUACAAUGAUUUCCUUAUUGGGGUUUUUGUUGAGAUGUUCCCAGUUAAUGAACUCAUAGAACUUGUUGAGGCUUUUGAAAAGCCACGACCAAUAUGUUUACGCACAAAUACUUUAAAGACGCGGAGACGGGAUUUGGCUGAUGUACUCUUAAACAGAGGAGUAAACCUUGAUCCUUUAAGCAAGUGGUCAAAGGUUGGAUUGGUUGUUUAUGAUUCACAAGUGCCUAUUGGUGCUACUCCAGAAUAUAUGGCUGGUUUCUACAUGCUGCAAAGCGCGAGCUCAUUCUUGCCUGUGAUGGCCCUUGCUCCUCAAGAAAAGGAACGGAUUGUUGAUAUGGCGGCUGCACCUGGUGGUAAAACAACUUAUAUUGCUGCUCUUAUGAAAAAUAGUGGAAUAAUUUAUGCAAAUGAGAUGAAGGUACCAAGACUAAAGUCACUUACUGCAAAUCUGCAUCGCAUGGGAGUGACAAACACCAUUGUUUGUAACUAUGACGGCAGGGAGCUUACCAAGGUUUUGGGUCACAAUGCUGUUGAUAGGGUGUUGUUGGAUGCUCCUUGCAGUGGGACUGGGGUCAUAUCUAAAGAUGAAUCUGUUAAAACCUUUAAAAGCUUUGAAGAGAUACAGAAAUGUGCCCAUUUGCAGAAGCAAUUGAUUCUUGCUGCAAUUGACAUGGUCGAUGCAAGCUCAAAAUCUGGGGGAUACAUUGUUUACUCCACAUGUUCCAUGAUGGUUGCUGAGAAUGAAGCAGUCAUCAACUAUGCUCUUAAAAUGAGGGAUGUCAAACUUGUCCCAUGUGGACUUGACUUUGGGCGUCCAGGGUUUAUCAGGUUUAGGGAACACCGUUUUCACCCAUCUUUGGAAAAGACAAGACGUUUCUACCCUCAUGUAAACAACAUGGAUGGAUUUUUUGUGGCAAAGUUGAAGAAAAUGAGCAAUUCAAUACCUACUGUUGCACCAUCUGAACCUUUAGAAUCAGUUGAACAAGCUUCUGUACCAAAUGAGAGCAACAGGGAAAAGAAAAUUGCAGAGCCUUUGAAGAAAACAGGUGCUAUGAAAAAAGGUGGGGGACUAAUUAAUGGCGUGUCUGAUAAUAGAAAUGUGGAAUCCCCAUCCCCUGCCGAGAACAGAAAGAAAAGAAAAUUUCCAUCCAGAGAGGAAAUCUCAAAAGUCAGAGAGGAGAAGAGAAGAGCUUUGAGGGAAGGCAAAAAGAAGACAGCAAGGAAGAGUGGCACUAAAGAAUGACCAGCUAGUUACAUAACAAAAGCAUGGUAACUGAUAUUUUUAUUUGGUCAUACAAAGAUGUAUUUGCUAGAAGUAACAUACUUGUGCAAAAUCACAGUAGGAAAUGCAUAAACCUUUCACCA